AUGUCAAAUUGUAAUCCAGUCCAAAAUCCAAUUGUACCAGGUUUUAAGAUUACAAGAGAUGCUGAAGCAGAGAGCUUUGAUAGCACCUAUUACAAGCAAAUCAUUGGAAGUCUAAUGUAUUUGACAGCCACUCGACCAGACAUAAUGUAUGUUGUUAGUCUCCUUAGCAGGUUUAUGGAGACACCAACUGAACUUCAUUAUCUGGCUGCAAAAAGAGUGCUCCUCUAUUUGAAAGAUAGAAAGAGCACAUCUGGUCAUGUGUUCAUGUUAAGUUCAGGGGCUGUUUCAUGGUCUUCAAAGAAGCAGCAAGUUGUCACUUUGUCUACAACCGAAGCUGAGUUCAUAGCAGCUGCUUCUUGUGCUUGUCAGGCUGUAUGGUUAAGAAGAAUACUUGAGGAAUUACAUUGCAUUCAGAAGAAGCCUACACUGAUCUACUGUGAUAACAGUUCAACGAUCAAACUUUCCAAGAAUCCAGUGCUGCAUGGAAGAAGCAAGCACAUUGAUGUCAGGUUUCAUUUUCUUCGUGAUCUUACAAAGGCAGGUGUUGUUGAUCUAGUUCAUUGUCAAAGUCAAGAUCAGAUUGCAGACAUAUUGACCAAGCCUCUGAAGCUAGAAGCAUUUGAGAAGCUGCGUGGUCUACUAGGAGUUUUGUCAGGUUCUACUACCCGAGACAUGCAUGCGGUCGCCAAGAUUGAGUCAAAGUUGAGAUCUGAACGUGAUAAUGAGCAAAGGGAAUGUGGUAUGUCUGGUCUUGCUCGUCCAGAACUUGUUCCCAUUGACCCUGUUCGUCUUGAUGGGAAGAACUACCCCAUCUGGGCGCGGCGAAUGGAGUUUUUCCUCAAGGAAUUAAAAGUUGAAUAUGAUGCUGAAGAGAAAUGGAUCAAGGAUGACUUUCUAUGUCUUCGCACGAUCUUGAACUAUCUAUGCGAUGAUCUCCUCCAUCGUUACGGAAAGAGAAAGAAAACUACAACUGCUAAACAACUGUGGGACGAUCUAAAAUUAAUGUUUGGAAUGAAGAAAUAUCUAGUUAGAAAGUACAUGGAUUUUCAGAAGGUCGAUGAAAAGUCACUUGUGGAGCAAAUUCAAGAAUUCAAUCGCAUUUUCGAUGAAGUUGUGGCUUCUGGAAUGACGUUGAGUGAGACAUUUCAUGUAUCUGCCAUCUUAAGCUCCCUGCCUCUUGGAAGCAUGUGA